GCUCAUGAACUAACAGCUUUUGCAUCAACAUAUAUCCAUCUCGACUGAAUUCACAAUUCAGAAGUUUGAAUUUUUGGAAUUGCAUUUGAUUUUGGCGGUGGAUUAAGUUUACAAGUAAAUAAAACUAAGGUUUCAGUUAGCGGCGGAGGAAAUGGCAACCGAGCGUGGCUACCGAUUUCCGGCACAGAGUCAAGACACGCAGCCAGGCAAAGAAUAUCUGAUGCAUCCUCUUCCUCAGUUCAUUAAUCCCCAUUACAACCCUUCUAACAAGCUACAAGGAAAAGUAGCUCUAGUGACAGGCGGUGAUUCAGGAAUAGGAAGAGCUGUAUCAUAUUUGUUUACAAUAGAAGGUGCAACUGUGGCAUUUACAUAUGUGAAAGGCCAGGAGGACAAAGACAAAGAUCAUAUCCUCAACAUUUUAAAAGAGGUCAAGCCAGAAGGAGCAAAAGACCCUAUUGCCAUUCAUACCGAUGUUGGCUUCGAAGAAAAUUGCGAGAAGGUUGUUGAUCGAGUGAUCAGCGAAUACGGGAAGAUUGAUAUUCUGGUUAAUAAUGCUGCGGAACAAUAUUCAUCUCCUACAAUUCAAGAUAUUACUCAGCAUAGGCUUGAGAGGGUGUUUAGGACCAACAUCUUUUCUCAUUUCUACAUGUCCAGGUACGCGUUACAACAUAUGAAAGAAGGAAGUUGCAUUAUCAACACCACAUCUGUGGCAGCCUAUUCUGGAAAUGCAGAAAUGUUAGACUACAGUUCCACCAAAGGAGCCAUAGUAUCUUUUACCAGGAGUUUAGCCCUGAACCUUGUUGCCCGAGGCAUUCGUGUGAAUGCGGUUGCACCAGGUCCCGUGUGGACACCUCUCCAACCAGCAUCAAUGUCUGCUGAAAAAAUCGCACAAUUCGGAAGUGGAACGCCAAUGGACAGAGCAGGACAACCAUUUGAGAUCGCACCUUCUUUUGUCUUCUUGGCUUCCCAUGACUGUUCUUCUUAUAUCACCGGCCAAGUUGUCCAUCCUAAUGGGGGUAUGAUUGUCAACGCAUAAUUGUGCAAGCAGCAGUGUAUAAUCUGAUAAAAGCAAUUCUACAUCAGAUGCAUUACAGUCUUGUUUUCCUCUGUAUUGUAGUUGAUAAAUAAGGGGAAAUUAGCUAUGUUUUUGUUUAUUGAUUUACUUAUCAAAGUUAUCCAUUGAAUAAUUGUACUACUAACAGUCUUACAAUAGAAAGUAAUGA